AUGAGGUUUAACCUCUUUCGCGUUCUGGGCGACGUGUCCCACCUCGCUUCGAUAUGUGUCCUGAUUUGGGCGAUGCAUAGGAAUAAAAGCGCCGAGGGUGUUUCACUCCUCACACAGCUGCUCUAUGGGGUCGUUUUCGUCUUUCGCUAUUUGGAUCUGCUCGAUGGGAGCUCUUGGAAUAUCAAACAUGGAGGCUUUGGCACGUUUUGGAAUCUCAGCUUCAAGUUCUUCUACCUGAGCUCCUCCUUCUAUCUCGUGUUCAUCAUGAUGAAGGUCUACCCGCGCACUCGGGAGCGGGAGAGAGCUUGGAAGCUUGGAAUAUACUCGGUCGCUGGGUCCUUGGUGAUGGCACCUAUUAUGAUGGCUAUUACCAAGGACUGGCCCACUGGAGCCUCUCAGCGGUUCUUGGAGAUCUGCUGGACCUUCUCAGUCAUUCUCGAAUCCGUGUGUGUCCUGCCCCAGCUUCUGCUUCUCCGCCAGACUACCGUUCCCACCGUGAUCGACUCCUACUACCUCCUUACCUUGGGCUCCUACCGAGCAUUCUACAUUCUAAACUGGUUGGUGCGUGGCUUUGGCAGCGAGCACUUCUGGGAUCCGAUUGCGUUCAUCUUCGGCAUCGUACAGACCGCCUUCUACCUCGACUUUGCUUGGGUGUACUACUCUCGCCAGCGAGUCAAGCUGCGCAACGGUGGCGUCGUGGACUCAGAAGAUUUCAGCAAGGGCUGGCUCGUGAACCGCGUAGUGAACUUCCGUGCCCGACGAACCUCAGCCGAUGAGGAACAGAACUUGCGCGACGACGAGGAAGGUAUGGACAGUCGCUCCAGCAACAACCGGUGGGGCGCCCGAGGCAUUUCCAUCGCGGCCGAUGAUACCCUGGAGGAGCACGAGGAGCACCAGGAUCGGCACUACGAUGAUGACAACCUGGAUGGUGACCGGGAAGCUAGAUGA